AUGUUCCUUGCCGAAACGUGGGCAGAAGAUGCUAGGCUGCGUCGUUUGUGUAUCGAUCUGAAGUUUGAUCACUGCUGGGUUGGUCCAAGCGCAGGGAAAACAGGUUGUCUGGUCUUGCUUUGGAAGAGCUCUGUUUCUAUUGAUGUGAUCGUGUCAUCUCCGAACCACAUCGACGCUAUUGUUGGGGUUAAUCUGGGUGAACAAUGGAGGUUCACGGGGAUUUAUGGCUUUGCGGAGUCUGCUAGGAAGCAGGAAACUUGGUCUUUACUGAGAGGCCUUCACCGCCGAUCCUCCCUGCCUUGGAUGUGCGCCGAUGAAUGUGGUCUCAUGGACCUUGGCUAUGUCGGGGAUAAAUUCACUUGGCGUGGUAAAAGAGCUGGUGGCUUAGUUUUGGAAAGGCUGGACAGGGCGGUUGCAUCCAACGGGUGGUUCUCUCGCUUCUCGGGAUCCAAGGUCCAGCACCUCCGCACUCACUCCUCCGAUCACAAAGCCAUUCUUGUCAAACCGGAUGGUCGUGGGAAAAUUCAAAUCUGCGGGGAGAAGCUCACAGCUUGGAGUCAGCAGUCUUUUGGCAGCGUUAAACACCAAGUGGAAAAGAAAAGCAAGCUCCUCUCCAAAGCGGAAUGUGAUGCGGCUUGUGGGAAAAUUGGCUAUGAACAAGUCAAAAUGCUUAGAACUGAGCUUAAUGAUCUCCUGGACAAGGAAAGUCAGAUGUGGCAGCAAAGAUCCAGAGCUCUCUUCCUCAAAUGCGGGGACCGAAAUACAAGUUAUUUUCACAGUAAGGCCUCACACAGAUUCCGUAGAAAUAGAAUUUCAGGUUUGAGAGACUCUUCCAAUUUGUGGUGCACUGAGGACAAUAUGAUUAAAAAUAUUGCUUGUGACUACUACCAAUCCCUAUUCACAUCAUCACAGUCUUUGGAUUUUUCAGGGGUCUUGGAUGCUAUUAAGCCUUCGGUUUCUGAGGAGAUGAAUGCCAUGCUUCUUAGACCUUUCCUCAGAGAUAAGGUGGAGGUGGCUAUCAAGCAAAUGAAACCUAUCUCUGCCCCGGGUCCUGACGGUAUGCCUCCCCUGUUCUAUCAAACCUUCUGGUCUUUAAUUGAUGAGGAUAUCUGCUCUGCUGUGUUAGAUUGCCUUAAUAACUAUAAAAUUCCUUUAGAGAUUAACAGUACCAAUAUCACCCUAAUUCCUAAGGUUAAAUCCCCUGAGUUUAUCACGGACUUUAGGCCGAUUAGCCUUUGUAAUGUGGUAUACAAAAUAGUUUCUAAGGUCCUUGCCAAUAGAUUUCGUGAUGUACUCCCCUCGAUAAUUUCUGAAAACCAGAGCGCCUUUCAGACGGGUAGGGUCAUCACUGAUAACAUCCUAAUGGCCUUUGAAACCCUUCAUUUCAUGAAACACCAUCAAUAUGGUAAGUCCGGCUUCAUGGCCCUAAAACUUGACAUGAGUAAGGCCUAUGACCGGGUUGAAUGGGCUUACUUAGAGGCGAUUAUGAAGAAAAUGGGGUUUGAUGUAAAAUGGGUUAACCUUAUAAUGGAGUGCAUCACAACUGUCAGUUAUUCCAUCCUUAUCAAUGGUGAACCCUCCCCAAUCAUCCAGCCGUCUCGGGGCAUUAGACAGGGUGACCCACUGUCACCCUAUUUAUUCCUCAUAUGCUCUGAGGGUCUUCACAGCCUUCUGCAGCAGGCAGCAGAGUCCAACCAGAUCCGGGGUGUGUCUAUUUGCAAGAAGGGCCCCCGUUUGACCCAUUUAUUUUUUGCCGAUGAUAGUGUGAUCUUUUGCAGAGCCUCCCUUGUGGAAUGCCAUAGACUUCAGGGGCUAUUGGAGUGCUAUGAAAAGGCUUCGGGGCAGCAGCUGAAUCAUAGUAAAACAGGCCUUUUUUUCAGCAAAUCCACACCCCUUCUCAUCGCAGAUCAAAUCAAAGAUGCUUUGGGUGUUCAGGAAAUUAAGCAAUUCGAAAAAUACCUUGGGCUUCCUUCCCUAGUUGGUAGGAACAAGAAAGCGAGUUUACGAUACAUUAAAGAAAGGGUCGAGGCUAAGCUCCAAGGCUGGAAAGAACAACUUCUAUCCCAAGCGGGCCGUGAAAUUCUCCUCAAAGCUGUGAUCCAGGCAAUCCCCACUUUUGCCAUGAGUUGCUUCAAGCUCCCGGCCACUCUUUGCAAUGAUAUUGAGAUCCUGAUUAGGAAAUUUUGGUGGGGCCAAAGAGGUAAUCAAAGGAAGAUUCAUUGGACCAAAUGGAGCUCUUUGUGCCAUCCAAAAAGCCGAGGGGGUAUGGGUUUUAAAGAGCUUCAACGGUUCAACAUUGCCAUGCUAGCAAAGCAAGUUUGGUGGCUGCUUGAUAAUAAAACAUCUCUCUUCCAUAGAUUUUUUAAGGCGAAAUUCUUCCCUAACGGGUCCAUUCUUGAUGCAAAAGAAGGCAAUGGCUCCUUCGCAUGGAAGAGUAUUUUGAAGGGUAGAGAUGUGAUCAUGAAAGGGGUUCAGUGGAGAGUGGGUACGGGGUCCUUGAUUCGGAUUUACCAUGAAAACUGGCUGCCUGACCCCUAUAGCAAAAAGGUGGUGUCUCCUAGGGACUUCCUAGGCAGGGAUGCAACGGUCUCGGUACUAAUUGAUAGUGAGCACCGCUGCUGGAUGGAGGAAACAAUUAAUAACAUUUUCUUGCCCCAUGAAGCUGCUCUAAUCCUAUCUAUUCCACUCAGCCUUAGACCUUGUGAGGAUCGGUUGUUUUGGCCGCAUAACUCGGAUGGUUCUUACUCUGUCAGGUCUGGCUACAGGUGGCUCAUGGAGGAAGCUCUUAAUGGAGAGCCCUCUUCCUCGGAUUUGUCAAGUACCAGAAGCAUUUGGAAGGGUGUGUGGAGCCUACACGUCCCCAAUAGGGUCAAAACGCUGCUUUGGAGGGCUAGUUCAGAUGCGCUACCAUCCAAGACUAAUCUAUUGAGAAGAAAAAUUAUCACUAAUGAUCUCUGCUCAGGCUGCAAGCUCAUGAGUGAGACCAUUUUUCACGCUAUUUGGUCUUGUCCUGCUCUGGCCCCUGUUUGGUCUUCCAAGUUCACCUGGCUCAUGAAUUUAACCAAAGGGUGCUCAUCGUUGCUGGAAAUAUUCCAAUGCUGCCAGACCCAUUGCGAUUACUUUGAUCUGUUUGCCAUGGUCACGUCCCAGCUCUGGAUGCGUAGAAACAAGUUGCGAGCUGGGGAGUGCGUGGCUCCAUUGGCAAAGAUUAUCGGCUUGGCUACAGAUUGCUUAUUGGAGUUCCAAUCUGCCCAGCCUUCCUCCCAUCCUCCAUCAAAACCGGUUUUAGUUUCCAGAUGGUCUCCUCCGGAGUCGGGUUGGGUGAAAAUCAACUUUGAUGGGGCUACUUUUAGUGAUAGGAACUUAGUUGGUUUGGCUGGUGUCAUUCGCGACAACAGAGGUCUUGUCAUGGCUGCUUGUACACAAACUAUUCCACUGCCUACAUCUGUAGAGAUGGUGGAAGUGUUAGCAGCUCGUAGUGCACUGGUCUUGCCUCAAGAUCUAAAUCUGACUCGGGUGCAACUUGAAGGUGAUUCGGAAAUAAUAAUCAAUGCUCUUUCCUCAGGUGGCAGGGACUCUUCAAGCUACGGCCACAUUUUGGAAGACAUCAAUAUUCUUUCUUUGGCUUUCCAGUCCCUUUCAUUUAGUCAUACACGUAGGAUAGGGAACAAACUGGCCCACUGUUUAGCCAAAUCAGCAUGUAAUUUCUCCCCAUUCCAAGUUUGGAUGGAGGAAAUCCCACUUGUGUGUGAAUCUGUGUACUAUUUUGAUAUCCCUUAA